AUGCCAGACGGCAACAUUCACAGAGGGGAUGAUGACAUGGGGGACACCCAGAACCAUCUGCAGAUUCUGCACUACGACAAUGUAUACGGCAUGCUCAUGGCUCGAGCGACCAGCGAGGGUCUCGAGAAGGCCCUCCCCGACAAGCGGCCGUUUGUGCUGACCCGGGCGGGGUUUAUCGGCAGCCAGCGCUACGCUGCCUCGUGGACUGGCGACAACCUGGCUACAUGGGAGUACCUCCACAUGAGCGUGCCCAUGGCGCUUAACAUGGCUCUGAGCGGGCAGCCUCUGAACGGGCCUGACAUCGGAGGCUUUGCACUCAAUGCUACUCCACGCCUGUUUGCACGGUGGAUGGGCAUUGGUGCUCUGCUGCCCUUUUCCCGUGGGCAUUCGGAGAAAGGGACCAAGGACGCCGAACCAUGGGUGUUUGGGGAAGCGUAUUACGAGAGACUUACUGUCAAUUAUACUGCCUGCCUGCUAUACACGCCUCGCUGCCGCACCGCCACACGCUCUUCUAUCCUCAUGACAACACCGGCAAGCCCUGUGUCAUCUCAACACUCGCCUAUUGCUGACCCAUCCAACCCAGCACUGCGGGCAGUGGAAGACCGGUUCCUGCUGGGCCCUCUGCUCGUCAUGACAUUGACCUCCCGCUGCUCUUCUUGCAAGGAGGCACCAUCUUGCCCACGAGGCCUGUCGCUCAGAAUAUUCAGAAGCUCUGCUGCGGUGGCACUGCUUUCCAUCCCUCCCUCUCUUAUCUCAUCUUCUUGUCGCGCCCUCUCUGCCUGUCACAUCAACUACAGGACUUCCCGCUGCUCUUCUUGCAAGGAGGUGCCAUACUACCUGCAAGGCCUGUCGCUCAGAAACACUCAGGAGCUCUGCUGGGGAGACUCGGUGGUGCCACUGCUAAUCACUCCUCCCUUUCUCCGUGCCCCUGUUACUCCACACCCUCAGGACCUCCCGCUGCUCUUCUUGCAAGGAGGUGCCAUACUACCCACGGGUCCUGUCGCUCAAAACACUCAGGAGCUCAGGAGGGAAGAUGCGGUCACACUGCUAAUCAGCCUCGACGAAUCAGGUGCCAGCGAGGGCCAACUCUUCGAGGAUGAGGGGGAUGGGUUCGGGUACCGGACAAGGGAGUACGAGCCCCACCCCACCCCACCCCACCCCACCCCUCAUCCCCCUCAUCACUGGUGGGAUGGGUUCGGACAAGGGAGUUUCAGUGAGGGCCAACUCUUUGAGGAUGAGGGGGAUGGGUUUGGGUACAGGGCAGGGGAGUAUCUGCUGACCAGUUACGUGGCGACAUGUGGCACGGGGGAUGGCGGGCUGCCAGUGGUGGAAGUCAAGGUGGCAAAAGAGGAAGGUUCCUGGAAGCGGCCCUGGCGGAAGCUGGUGGCCCGUGUGCUGCUGGGAGAUGGUGCCUAUGUGCAAGCGGAGGGGUGGGAUGGCGAUGCGAUCUCUGUCCCGCUGCCCUCUGCAGUUGAGACAGACAGGCUGGUGGCAGCAGCAGUGGAAGAAGAGAAGGCGCUCAUGGAAGCGGCUCCCAUACUACCAGACGGUGCGAAGGAGGAUGAGGAGGAGGGAGGAGGCGAGGCACUGGCAGCAACGAACAUGGCAGCUGGCGACCUGCAGUGCCACGUGGUGCUCAAACAUGGAGGGAGACUUGACUCGCUCUUCCACUACCCCUCAGGGCAGGAGCUGCUGGAGUCGCGCUUCGAGGAGGGUGGGUAUGAGGAGUAUUCAGAGAGCGAGUACCGAUCGCCAGGCUGCCAGGAGCAAUACCACGUGGUGUGUGAGCAGAGGGAUCACAGCACGGGCGGCAGUCAUCGCAUGAUUGUGCAGGGAGACAUCGGCAGUGGACUCAUCAUGCGGCGCUGCUUCUCCCUCGGCCAACCCAUCCCCGCCGCCUGGGCUGCUGCCACCACCACUGCUAAUGCCGAUGCCAAGUCCCUGACCCUCAGUCAGGAGCAACAGGCCUCCUCUUUGAGUGCCGGGCUGGAUGCGGCAAUGGUGGAUGGGCCGACGAUGAUGGAUGGACCACCAUCGGUUGAUGCAGCUGAUGAUGCCACGUCAGCACUUCCGUCAACGCCCAAUCAGCUGCAUGUGACGACAGCGAUCAUAGCUGCAGCUAUUGGUGCAGGAUCGGGCGGCUUCUCGCGCCUCGCCUGCCUGCGUGUGCACCCCUCCUUCCGAGUCGUCCACUCCUUCUCCUCCGCCGCUCCCCACGUGCGCUUCACAUCCAUCAAAGGCACGGAGGAGGUGGUGAAGCCAGACGUGCAGGAGCUCUGGCUGAGAGGCGACGACAGACCCAAUGACGUGCAGGAGCUCUGGCUGAGAGGCGACGACAGACCCAAUGGCACAGGCCGUACUGUGGUCAACCGAUUCAACCCGAGUCAAGUGCAGGCGUGCUUCGUGUAUUGGGGCAGUGGGUUCUGCAACCUGGAGCUGGUUUCAGAGGAGAGGCCGGUGUCGGUUGAAACGCCCCUCAUUGUCAACCACUCAUACAGCAUUGAGACAGUGGCAGAGUGA